UAAUUAAAAAAAAUUAAAUUAAGAAAGAAAUUAAUUUUCUUUAAAAAAAAAAUAACCAAAGGAUAAUAAAAAAAUGUCAACUGGGCUUUUCAACUUUCGAAAAAAUGCAGAUUUCUAAUUAACCGAGAAAAAGAGAGAGAGAGGGAGGAAUAAUUUCUAAAAACAAAAUUCAGUUUCUUUUUCGAAGAGGAGUAAAUUUACCAAAAAAAAAUUCCAAAAUUGAAUAAAAUAUAAAUAAAAUGAGAGUUUAUAAAAUCGGAAAAUAAAAUACUUCUAAGCGGAAACAAUAAUAACAGAAAGGACAAAUUUGGACAUAAUUUGAGGACUGAUUUGAAAAAAAUUGGGUUUUCUUCCACUGGAAAUAUUUAUUAUUGCCGACAAUAAAAAUAAAUCAAAACGAAGUUGUUAAUAUCGAUGGUUGCUUAUCGAUCGCACUUGUUACGGUACUGGGUCUGAAGGAGCGAAAAAGAACGAUGGAACGAGUAAGCUAGCAGCAGCAGCAGGCAGGCAGAAACGUUAGUCUAGUCCGUCCGUCAGUGCACGCCAGUCCGCGACCGUAAGCGUGUUGUUCCGGAUUAGUUAGCACGUCAUCCUCUGUUUGCUUUUUAGUUUAUAGCAGUCGAAAACAAGAAAAAAAAACCAAGAAACGAAAAAACAAAGACUAGUGCUUUAAAAAAGAAAAAAGAUUCUACAUUACUAAUAAAAAAAAAUUCAAAUCAAGAAACAAACCAAAAAAAAAAGGAAGAAAGAAAGAGAAUGUUCUAAUUUUGCUCCAAAAUAUACCUCAACAAUUUCGCUGUCGAUUUUACCAAAAAUAAAAAGUAUUGGGUAAAUUAAAAAAAGUGAAAUUAAAAAAUUGUGAAAGAUUUUGUGUGUGUGAAAAAAAGAACGGCGUGCAUCGCUUUCUGUGAGGCGUCUUGAAAACCCGUACCCAACCCGUCGCUCACCAACAGAGGCAAGCAAGCAGGCGGACACGCACACUACUCACGCACUCUCUCGAAGCCCUCAUUCCGUCUGCUCCGUGUUCAGUUUCCUCACCCCGCCCCUAGUCCUUUUUGCGCUCAUCCUAUUCUUCCAUCCUCUUUUUUUUAUUCCACCAAAAGAAAAAAACGAAGAAGAAGAAGAACAUGAAAAACUCGAACCACAUGGACGUCUAAAUAAUCAUCAUCCAAGAAAACCAUGGAAGAGAGCCAACUGAUGACAGAACUUCCGGCGAUAACGCCGAAUCGUGGCGCGACACUGAUAAAUCGUUCCGGUCAUUGUUAUCAGCUCCAUCGUCCUCAUUUGGUACCGUAUAAAAAGCAAAAAUUACCCGACGACGUAACGGCGGAAUCAAUCGAAUCGGCCGCAAACGCGGUUACAAACACUGUCCUGGCCAGCAAUAAUCAACGACAAGACAGUAGUUGUUCCGCCUUGAUAGCCACCAAACGAACAUCAUCAAAUUCCCAUAAUUUAUCAUGUUCCACACACAGCGAGGGACCACAAUCAAAAAGACCCCGGAUCCAAUCGCAAUCGCCUUCAAUAACAAGCACUCACGUCUCAAGUCUCUAUCCCGAAAUACUCGCUCAUAUUUUCAGUUAUCUCGAUAUACGUGAUCGUGGACGUGUCUCACAGGUUUGUCUCGCCUGGAGGGAUGCAGCCUAUCAUCGUUCCGUGUGGCGAGGGGUUGAAGCCCGUUUACACCUGCGACGACAAGCACCGACUCUAUUUUCAAGUUUAGUGCGAAGGGGCAUUAAGAGGGUACAAGUGCUCUCAUUGAAAAAAAGUCCCGGCGAAGUAUUCAAGUGUAUGCCAAAUUUAGAAUCACUCAAUUUAUCCGGUUGUUACAAUGUCACUGAUUACGGUAUGAAAAAUGCUCUGUCCGAAGGUUUUCCCUCAGUGACAAAAUUAAAUCUCUCGUUAUGCAAACAAGUCACCGACACCUCAGUCAAUAGAAUAUCGAAAUUUUUACGAAAUCUCGAACAUUUGGAAUUGGGCGGCUGUGGGAAUAUCACCAAUGCCGGUCUGCUAAUCAUCGCUCGCGAUCUCAAGAAACUAAAAACAUUGGACUUGAGAAGCUGUUGGAAUAUUUCCGAUCAGGGAAUCGCCUAUUUGACGCAUUUAAAUAUGCCACUCGAGCAUCUCGGUCUACAGGACUGUCAAAAAUUAUCCGACGAAGCAUUACGCUAUGUGUGGAAUGGUUUAGGAAAAACGUUAAAAUCGAUUAAUUUAUCAUUCUCGUGUAUUACGGAUUCGGGACUUAAGCACUUGGCGAAAAUGACCGAAUUACAGGAACUUGACUUGAGAUCGUGUGAUAAUAUUUCGGAGAUUGGUAUGGCUUAUUUGGCGGAGGGUGGCAGUAGAAUAUCGUCGUUAGACGUUUCGUUUUGUGAGAAAAUUGGUGAUCAGGCGUUGGUUCACAUUUCACAGGGUUUAUUUAACUUGAAAUCAUUGUCACUAUCGGCGUGUCAGGUCAGUGAUGAGGGUAUAUGCAAGAUUGCGAAGUCUCUACAGGAUCUUGAGACACUCAACAUUGGACAGUGUAGUAAACUAACGGACAAAGGACUGCACACGAUUGCAGAUAGUAUGAAACAUUUAAAGUGCAUCGAUCUGUAUGGAUGCACGAGGAUCACGACCAAUGGACUUGAAAGAAUAAUGAAGCUACCACAACUCAACACGCUAAAUCUAGGACUGUGGCAUGUACGGUGAUAGUGGUUCCAUGGGGGCGAGUCAACAACAACAAAAAACAAAAAAAAAAGGAGGAAAAAAUAGAAAGAGAGAAUGAUUCCAUUAAAUCCGGUGUCGCAGAUGAUCUCAUAAUCAGCACGUUGUUUUUUGAAAGAGAUGACGACCAUACCGUCAUCAUUUCCUCGUGAUGAUCUAAAAGAAAAAAAAAGCAAACGGAAAAAUAAGAAGAAGAACGAACUGUUAUUUUUUUGA